AUGCGCGGAUUUCUUUACUAUCACCUCGCGCCCAAUGUGCCAGCCCUUUCCGGACAGGUGCGCCUCCGCAUCACAGGUUCCAGCGACCCCGCGCUGGCCUCCUCUGGGGAGGACCUCCUCCGUACCGACCAUCUCCCAUGGAGGAUCCCAGUUACCUCUUUGGUACACCGCAAACGCUACAAAGCGCUGUUCCGCCGCAUGCUCGACGACGGGCUCCUGUCCGAGCAUGUCUUGCGCGCCAUCUCGAGCCUACCGCCCGGCACAACCCAGGUCAACGCCCGCUCCUCGCGCAUAUCCCACGCGCUCGGCCAGCCAUUCCUCCUGCGAUUUGGUGUGACCACCCAGCCCUUCAACUUCAUCGGCGCAGACACCGUCUUGCGGGCAAACUCCAUGCAUGUGACCAUGAUCUCGAAUGGCCACAGGAGUUUGUGCGCACCCACGAUCAGAGGUGCGACCCCUGCGCAUUAUGUUCAGAGCACUGCUUCUGACUGCCUCGACGUCUUCCUAGGGUCCGCGCUCUGCCGCUUCGAGAAGUCGGCGCGCCCCGAGCACACGGGGCGCCGUAUCGUGGUCUAUCGUGUUGUGCGCAUCGUAGAGCCGAUGGAGCGCACCGCGUUGUGCAACAUCGCGGAUAGUCUCAUGCCGCGCGAGGGAGAGCUGCUAAGUGCAGUUCUUGCGGCGAAGUCGGAGCGGGAUAGAGAGUGGUCAUUCGACGUGGACCGCUGCCUUUCCUUGGGUCCGGACACAUCCCGCUACCAGUUUGCAGCGGGCCUCGCUCUCCUGUACGACAACGAGGCGCGCGCGCGGGGGCUGUGGGCUGCCUCUCAACCUCCAACGAUGUCUACGCUAAAUCACACCCGGCUCACCUCGGACAACUUUCUCGUUCUCAGCGGUCUAAUGGCUGCUAGAGCGCGAGCAUACCGCCCCUUGGUUCCUGGACCAGGCAGCGAGCAUUGGCGGUUCGUCACAUUCCUACUUCCCACCGGCAUGCAUAACUUCUUUUUUCCUUCUCACUCCCGUGGAUACCUCUACUAUCACAUCGCGCCAAAUGCCCCGGCACUUUCCGGACAGGUGCGCUUCCGCGUUACAGGGAUCAACGAUCCCGCACUGUUCUCCUCUGGCGAGGACCUCCUCCGCGCCGACUACCUUCCAUGGAGGAUCCCGGUCAUCUUUCUACCAUUCAGGAACCUCUACACGGCGAUGUUGCAGCGCCUGGUCGAGGACGGCCUCGUGUCAGAACACCUCUCACGAAUCGCGUCCAGCCUAUCCCCCGAGGCCAGGAGGAUCAACAUCGGCUCCACACGCAUCGUCCACGCCUUUGGCCAGCCGUUCCUCCUCACCUUUGGCCUGUCCACCCAGCCCUUCUACUUCAUAGGUGCAGACACCGUCCUGCAUGUAUUCUUCCCGCCCGUGGCAAUAGCUCGUGAUCUGAGGAGUACAGAAAGAAGACCCACCAUCACAGGGUCUGCGCUCUGCUGCUUCGAGAAGUCGACGCGCCCCGAGCACGCUGGGCGCCGCGUGGUCGUCUGCCGCGUCAUACGCAUCGUGAAGCCUAUGAGGCUUACCGGGUUCCGCGCGGUCCCACAAAGUUCCAUUCCGCGGGAAGGCGAGCUGUUACGCACGAAUUCUCUCGGCGACUUGGAAGGCCCGGAGUGGGCAUUCGACGUAGGCCACCGUAGCACUCAGCUCGCAGCGGGCCUCAGCCUCCUGUACGACAACGAGCUGCGCGCGGGAGGGCCUGUGGGCUGGUAA